UCUUUCUCUCAGAGCAGAGAAGAAGAAGAAGAAGAAGAAGAAGAAAGAAGCAUUAUAUAGAAAUGCAAGGAGCUGCUGCUACUGAUUCAGGGAUGGCCAACGGUUCUCAGAGCACCAACAUCGGUUACUCUUCCGAUUUUCCGGCCUUCCCGACGCAUGAUGGCCGCUUCAUCCAGUACAACAUCUUUGGAAAUCUGUUCGAGAUCACCGCCAAGUAUCGCCCCCCGAUAAUGCCCAUAGGACGAGGCGCUUACGGAAUCGUCUGUUCGGUAAUGAAUUCGGAGACCAACGAAAUGGUUGCCAUCAAGAAGAUAGCUAAUGCUUUUGACAAUCACAUGGACGCCAAACGCACGCUUCGUGAGAUUAAGCUUCUUCGGCACUUGGAUCACGAGAAUGUAAUAGCCAUAAGAGAUGUAAUUCCACCACCUAUACCAAGAGCAUUUUCUGAUGUCUAUAUUGCUACUGAACUCAUGGACACCGAUCUCCACCAAAUAAUCCGCUCAAAUCAAGAAUUAUCGGAGGAGCACUGUCAGUAUUUCUUGUACCAAAUCCUUCGUGGGCUGAAGUACAUACAUUCUGCAAGUGUCAUUCAUAGAGAUUUGAAGCCGAGCAACCUCUUGCUGAAUGCAAAUUGCGACCUGAAGAUAUGUGAUUUUGGUCUUGCUCGACCAACUUCAGAGAAUGAGUUUAUGACAGAAUAUGUUGUUACCAGAUGGUACAGGGCACCAGAAUUGUUAUUAAACUCUUCUGACUACACUGCUGCAAUUGAUGUGUGGUCAGUGGGUUGCAUAUUUAUGGAGCUAAUGAAUAGGAAGCCAUUAUUUCCGGGUAGAGAUCAUAUGCACCAGAUGCGUCUGUUGACAGAGCUUCUUGGUACGCCCACAGAAGCAGAACUUGGGUUUGUCAAGAAUGAAGAUGCAAGAAGGUUCAUCCGACAACUUCCUCCACAUCCUCGCCAGCCAUUUUCCAAGAUGUUUCCACAUGUUCAUCCAGAUGCAAUUGAUCUCAUUGAGAGAAUGUUGACAUUCAAUCCCACCAAAAGAAUCACUGUUGAAGAAGCACUUGCUCAUCCUUACCUUGCGAGAUUGCAUGAUAUAGCUGAUGAGCCUGUUUGCCCUGAGCCUUUCUCCUUUGAGUUUGAGAAGCAGGCCUUAGUGGAAGAGCAAAUGAAGGAGAUGAUAUACAGAGAGGCCAUAGAAUUCAAUCCAGAGUAUGCCAUUUGGUAACUCUGUUGACUUGGUACUACAGACUCUGCAAGGGAAAUGGCUCCCCUUGAAGGUAUUCAAGAUUGAUUAUUCUAUAUUUUCAUGAGAGGUCAAUUGUUUUACUUGGGCCUUAUUGUUUCCCCAAGGCAAUGUUCUGUGUUCUGAUGUGUAUAGAAAAUGAGUAAAGUUCAGAAUACGAGGGUUGAUAUGUUGUGUAACUCAGGAUUCAAGAGCAUUUGUAAUGAGAAUGUGUAGUGUGGAAUAAAUCACUUAUUCUUUUGUUUAUUAUA